AUGUCGAACAGUCCUUCCGAACGAUCUAGUUCGCCCGAAUUGGCUUCUGCUAUGAUGGGUGAUGAAAUGACCGAUGAUGCGCAGCAAUUUCAACAAAUUAUUCGUGAUCGAAGAUACGAACGUGAAGAUAUUCAAAAGAAAGCAUUCACCAAAUGGAUCAAUAAUCGCCUAGCCGAGAAAAGUUCCACACCACCUGUGACAGAUUUAUUCCAAGAUUUACGUGAUGGUGUUAUUCUCCUUCAAUUAUUGGAAGUACUUACUGGGAAUGAAUGUAAACGAGAAAAUGGCAAGAUGCGUGUACAUCAUAUUGAAAAUGUUAACAAAGUCAUUGCUAUUCUCAAUGAACAUGGAAUCAAACUUCUCAGUAUAUCAUCUAAUGAUAUUGUCGACGGGAAUGCCAAGUUAACGUUAGCAUUGAUAUGGUCAAUAAUUCAAUAUUGGCAAGGCAAAGAUGUGAUGAAAUCGGCAGAAACCGAUGCCGAACAAACUAACAUUGAGAAGUUUCUUCUUGCUUGGUGUCAAGAACAAACGAAAGGAUAUAAAGGCGUCGAAAUCAAUGAUUUUACACGUAGUUGGCAAGAUGGUCUUGCUUUCAAUGCAUUAAUACACAAAUUUCGACCGGAUUUGUUCGAUUACGAUGAUAUUCUCCAGAAUGCCUCUGCUCGAAAUCUUGAACAUGCAUUUAGUGUGGCGAAGAAUGUCUUCAAAAUCGACCGAUAUCUCGACGUUGAAGAUGUGAUUUCUGAUUAUCCUGAUAAGAAAUCAAUUUUAAUGUACGUCAUGUGUCUAUUUCAACAAUUGCCAACGAGUAAUAUAAUUAUUGAAGAUAAAGAGAAAACUGAAACAUCGACGACGACGACUUUAACGGACGAUACUACUUCAACGGCGACAAAGGCUCCCGAAGAAGAAAUUGAAACACAACCAAGAUCGGACGACGAUUCUAUGCGAUUGAAAACAUUUCAAACAAACAUCGAUAAAGUACUCAAGUGGGUGUUAAAUCUAGAAAACGAACUAGAUACACAAGAUAAAACACUAUCUGAUGAUUUGAAAACUAUCAAAGAACAAUUUCAAAGUCAUGAGGAAUUCAUGGUUAGUUUGACACAAGAUCAAAAUCAAAUUGGCGAAAUACUUCUGGAAGGCAAUCAACUGCUAACUUCCGCAAAUUUUCAACUGCAACCUGAAGAAAUAAGCGAAGUGAAAGAGAAAAUGAAGGUCCUCAAUGAUCACUGGGAAUCUUUACGGUCGAAGUCGCUCGAGAGACAAGCAGUCCUCCAUAAAGCGUUGAUGAAGCUUCAAAUCGAUCAAAUCGAAUCGUUUGAUGCAUGGUUAACUCAAACCGAAAGUCGCAUAUCAACAGAUUUAGACAUUCUCGAACAAAAUCUAACGGGAAUCAAUCGUCAAUACCAGCAAUUAGCUGAACUACAAGAUGAACUUGUCUCUCAACAACAAAUAACUGAAUCCUUACAAAAUAUGAUCAUUGUCAUCGACGAUUCCCUAUCCGAAAAUCUCGAUCCUGCUUCGAAAUACUCUUCAACCGAAAUCGAGAGUAAACUAUUGACUUUAAGCGAACGUUGGGCACAAAUAUGCAAUUUCGUUCAAACACGUUGGAUUCAAUUGCAAGAAGUGAAAAUCGAAUUCGAACAGAUCCAUACCAAUUUGGAUAAAGUCGAGAAAUGGUUAGCUACCAAAGAAGAUGAGGUGAACAAAAUGCAAGAAGAAACCAAUCUUACCGAUCAAGAGACAUUUAUACAACAAGUUAAUACACUGGAAAAAACGGAAUCAGAAAUGGCUGAUAUGCGUCAAGCGAUUCUUCUAUUGAAUGGUAGUUUACAAGUUCUCAGUCAACAUUACGAUAGUUCAACAGCGACUGAAUACAACAAUCUUAGCAAUCAAAUAGAUACGUUCGAAAAGCGCUGGACGAAACUGAUUGAUAAUCUUGAGCAUUGUUCGCGACUUUUGAAAUCGGCAAACUUGACGUCGUCCGUCGAUCCAAAAUCCGACAGUGAACUAACACACAAUAAAAUCACCACUACCGUCGAAGAAACGACGACGACGACCACCACUUACGAUAAUACAGAUGAAUCGGGAGAUAAAAAGGAAAAAACUGAUAACGAAAAUACAGUGAAAUUAGAAUUUGAUGUAUCAGCACGAAAAUAUGUCGAUUGGAUCGAUAGCAUCGAACGUAUCUUGAGCGAAAAACCAUCAAAUACAGAAGAACGAAAGAAUAUUAUUCAGGAGGUGAAAACGAAAUAUGUGUCCUAUGAUGAUCAAUUCAAAAGUCUCGUUCAAACAGGAAUUGCGAUAACAAAAGAAUUAAAAGAUGCUAGCGAAGAUUCAACUGAACACGAAUCAGCUCUACGAUCACUAGAGAACCGCUGGCAGGAAUUAAGUCAACUGAUAGUUAAUUAUGAAAAAGAUGUUGAAUUGGCAGACUUCAACGCUGAACUUGAAGCAAUAACAAAAGCACGUAACGAAUAUCAAACAUGGAUUGAUUCAACAUCAUCAAAUGAUGAACUUCAGGUAUAA